AUGAGAGAUAAAAAACUAUUAUACACAUUUGGUGGUGCUGCUGUCUUAGCAGGAACCUAUAUUUAUUUCAAAAGGAGAAAUAAGACUCUAAAAUAGAAAUACUCAUUGCUUUUUAAUUAGUUUUCGCAGCAAAUCCUCUCAUUUAAAUAAUUCGAUUAAAAAAAUUUUUAACUUACAUAUGAUAAACUUUUACAUUUAGCAAUUUAUGAAGAAAAUAAUAGCAAGUAACUGAUACUUUCAGAUUAAAUAUCUUUUUCAGAUGUCAAUGCUAUUCUAAAUUAAGGAGCAUGUCCUUAACAAAUUAAUGCUGGCGAUUAUUACUACGACUGUUUUGAUUGUAGUCUUAAAAGAUAAGAAAAUGCUUAAGCACUAAAUGGUAUAGAAAUUGAUACAUAAAGUCAAAUAUUAUGCGAGGAUUGCUUUAAAACUGAAGAACACAAAAAUCAUAAAUUUAAAAGAUACCAACAUCAUGGUGUUUUUAUUGCUUAAUGCUAAUGUGGAAAUUAAGCUUAAAUAAAUAAGAAGUGUUUUUGCAAGAAACAUUAAGGCUUUGAUAAAAUCAAAUAAUUAUAUGACGAUUAACUCUUUAAGCAGCCUAAGCUAUGGAAAGGAAUUGAAACAUUCUUAGUUGAUUCUUUUUACUAUUAUGUUGAAAUUGUAAGUGCUGUAAUACAAUAAAAGCUUGAUAAAGUAAUUGAUGAAAAGACAUACAACUAAAAUAUUUAAGGUAUUAAUUACUUCCUUUAGAUCAUAAUUAAUAAAAUAAACGAAAUUCUUGAGCUAAAUCCUCCUUCCACUUAUCUCAUAUCAAGUGUACUCUUAAAAUCUUUUGAAAAACCUAUUUCUUUUAAGGUUAAGAAAAAUUGCCAACAAUAAUAUCCUGAUAAAUAUAUCAGAUUAAUUUAAAAGUAAAAAGAAAUUAAUUAAGAUUUUACUAUUUUGGAUUGUCUGUUGCUGAGUUAUGAAGUUAUAUGUCCUAACAGCGAUUAAUAUCUUUCUAAGCUUUUUAAUACUCUUGCUAUGGCUGAUGAAAAAUUUGUUACUUUUCUUUGCGAAAAAUUCUUUAGAAUGAUUGGAUUUAUUGCAUCAGCUUAAAAAUCUAAAGAUUAAUGGAUCUAUAAGAGUAAGCUCCCAAAAUUCAUUCACAUUAUAAUAGAAAAUAUAAAUAUUUAAAGAGUUUGUGACCAUUUAUUAAAUACACUAGGAGCUGAUAUUUUUAAUUUGCUUGAAUAUCUCUCAUUUUAUAUUCAAAAGAAAUAAAUUUUUUAAGAGGGAGAAGUAAAUGAAGUUGUUGUUUUAUUACCUGCUCUAACUUAUUACAUGUUACAUGUUAAAUAGGUAAAAACUUUGAUGUAAAAAUAUCCAAAGGAGUUAGUGAAUGCAAUUAAUAAUUUAAAUUAGGCUCUUUUCUUUGGAAAUCUUAUUCAUUUUUAAAUUACAUUUCCAGAUUAAUUAUAGAGUUGGUCUGAUAGUUUACAAUUUUUAACUUAAUUUAUUAAUAUUGAAGUUAAUAAUAUUGAAACUUAAGUCUAAGUUUUCUAAGCUUUGAAGCUUAUAAACGAUGAAGAAUUAACCAAAAAUAUGAUAUCUAUAAUGUGUGAUAGCUUUAGAGAUCAAAUUUAAAAAAUAAGUGAUUUAAUAUAAGAAAAAGAAAAUGAAAUUUUCUUUACAUCAUCAGUUUCUUCAUUAACUAUUUUGCCUUACCUAAUAGAAAUAUCUGAAAAAAAAAUAUUUACACAAUCUUCCAUUUAAAAAUUCUUUAAUGAUAAAUUUAGCUUUAAAUGUGAAGAAGAAAAAACACAUUUUUUCAAAUGCUUAAGAAAAGUUCUUUCAAAACAUAUCCUUUUUGAAGCUGGUUAAUUAAAUUUAAUUUUUGAAUGUUUAAGUAUGAUUGGAAUGGAACAAUUAGCUUAAGCUACAAAGAAAAUCAUUUUUGGUCCAGCCAAUAAAAUAUAUGAUAUAUUCAUAUUCGUCAAUUCUAUAAUUCUUUUGGCCGAUAAUAAUAGUAAUAUCACCACUAUGAAUAAUCCACCUUAAAAACUAAUUUAAGAUUUAAAAAAUCCUUUGUUAAAGAAUACACAAUCAUUUUAUACUUCACAAUUAGUGUAUUAAAUACUUUUAGAUUCGACACCUUUGUUAAACUUGUUCUUUAAAACGUUAGAAGAGUGCUCAUCAGAAGAUACUAAAAUGAAAAAAAUAAUCAAUAGGACUGUAGAAGAACUUGUUGUAACUUGCAUCAAUAAAAAUAAACUAGAAAAAAUGAACUUGCACGAUUUGGAGGAGAUUUGCUCUGUUUUAAUUAAUGAUAAAAAUAUAGUGAAACUAAAUUACAAAGAAGUUUUGGAUUAAGAUGAAAGCUAAUAGUUUAUUUUCCUUCGCAAAUAAUAUACCCAAAAAUUUUAUUCUCGUCAUAUGUUAAGAAAUUAAUUUGAUGAAGUUUUUUAAGAUAUCAGAGAUCUAAAAAAUAUAGAAUCAAAAGAGGAGUACACAUUUGCUGGAAGCGAUUUUAGUUUAGAAAAGCUAUUUCCAUAUCAAUAAGAAAUCUUCAAAAAGAUAUUUUUGGAUGAGGAGUAUGUUAGAUAAAUCAUUUCAGUUUGUUUAGAAGAAAAAGAAUUUGUCGAUAAAAUAUAAGAAAACUUAAUACUGUAUCUUUUGUUAAAAUUUAUUGUUUCUAAAUAUCAAUCUGAAAUUAUGAGUGAAGAAGAGAAAAAAUAAAUUGAAAAAAUAAUCUAAAUAUUACCUUUGGACAAAUUAAAAGAAUAAUUUAUAGCUUAAAUUGAUUGGUUAAAACAAAAACCUAUCAUAUUUUUUUUGAGAACUGUUGAGAAAAUAUUAGAAAUGUUGAAACAGUUAAGUUAAAAUGAAAAAUGA